CCAGACUUUCCAAGUGAAGCACGAGUCCUCGCGAAGGCCGCCGGGAGUCGUAGUUCGCCACGCUGUGGAUGCCGGGAGCUGUAGUCCGCCCCGCCUGCCCAGUCAGCGCCGAACUUCCCGCCCUGCACUCGGAGUCCAGAGCCGCCGCCCAGGGGGAUGCGGGAGCCCCUGGUUCCGGGGAGCAGAGAGGCAGGCGGGGUGAGGGGUGUUGCUUGGCAACGAGCGAGCGCCGCGGUUGGGGAGCGGAGGGCGGCAUGUCCCAGGGCCCGGGAGCACAGCCGGGCCCACCCUCUGUGUACCACGAGCGGCAGCGCCUGGAGCUGUGCGCCAUCCACGCCCUCAACAACGUCCUGCAGCAGCGGCUGUUUAGCCAGGAGGCGGCCGAUGAGAUCUGCAAGAGGUUGGCCCCAGACUGCCGGCUGAACCCCCAUCGCAGCCUCCUGGGCACGGGCAACUAUGACGUCAACGUGAUCAUGGCCGCCCUGCAGGGCCUGGGCCUGGCCGCCGUGUGGUGGGACCAAAGGAGGCCCCUGUCCCAGCUGGCUCUGCCCCAGGUGCUGGGGCUGAUCCUGAACUUGCCCUCACCUGUGUCCCUGGGGCUGCUGUCCCUGCCGCUGCGCCGGCGGCACUGGGUGGCCCUGCGGCAGGUGGACGGCGUCUACUACAACCUGGACUCCAAGCUGCGGGCACCCGAGGCCCUGGGCGAUGAGGAUGGCGUCAGGGCUUUCCUGGCGGCCGCCCUGGCUCAGGACCUGUGCCAGGUGCUGCUGGUGGUGACCAAGGAGGUGGAGGAAAAGGGCUGCUGGCUGCGGACGCACUGACCCCACCGAGGACGGAUCCAACCACAGCUGCUGGCCCAGCGCGUCGCUGAGAGUCCACGCCCAGCUCCUGCGCA